CUAAUCGUAGGUGGAGGUGUUUGCGUUGAAAGUCUCCGACAAAAUUAGUCUUAAACCAUGAAUCCAUUCUCGUUCAUCUUUAUGAGUUUCAUAAUAAUAUUAUUCCGGGUCCGACAAGCAUCAGGAUGCCAACAGAUAAACGUUUCAUGUUCCGACAUCAAGACCCCCGACGGAUUCAACUUCAAACAUGCAUCUAGUCCCGAGGGAAGUGAAGUUUACGUCUACGAUAACGGGACGUGUACGGCCUACGCUUCGUUUGGGAAUCCGCCCUCCUUGAGCUUGUCAGUCGAAGUGUUGCGCCUGGAUAACGGAUCGGUCACCACGAAGAGCUGCCGAAAUAUCACCAUACUGGUGAUAAUUCCCCAUGGAGUCAUCCAGGGAAAGGCUUUAGUCGAAGAAACCUGCGUCCAUUUUCAAGCUCAAACUAAGACUGACCCCAGUGAUUCAGACUUGCUGACCCUCAGCUUUUACAUUUCAUCCGCCGUUGUUGGGAUAGUGGUGACGGCAGCGGUAAUUGCGGGUGCAAUUGUGAUGGCUUGGCGAUGUUUCCAAUCCAGGAAAACAGGACUAAACUCUGACGGGGAGCCACAGAGAAGUUGUGAAGUUCAUGAGUGGAACGACACAACUGAAAGUGAGGAAGUUCACAGUAUUCACAUUAUAGAGGCUGAUGCCAAUACUACUCAGUCCUCCAGUCUGGACCGCAACUUGAGCAACGAGAGACUUCAGACAACUAAAGAUGGGGACACAGGAGCCCACAAUGCCGGCAGAAUCUCUCGUCAUCGCUCUAUGAACAGGAACUUGAGGGAAGAUCCAGGAGGAGUGGAUAGCAACAAAGGACAAGACAUUAGUGAACUGGACACUGGAGAUGCUGCUGGUAAUCACGCAGAGGAGGAUGAGACUGAAGGACAACCGCUGCUCUCCAAUCAGCGAGCUGCCAGCUUUGAGAUGACAGGCGAGGCUACACCAUUGGUGAACAAGGUUAGCUUUGACCAAGACCCAGUCAGCAGGUGCUGUGCUGCACCGGAGACUGACGUGGAGUCAAAAAAACAGCAUGAAGAAGCAACAUGAAGGAGUGUGAAAUAAAAUAUAUUAGUAUUGAUAUUAAAAACAGAUAAUAAUAAUAAUAAUAAUAAUAAUAAUAAUAAUAAUAAUAAU